UUGUAAGACGCUACGAUUUGGUAUUUAACCCACGCUUUUAUUGUCGACUUGUAUGAUGACUCACAAUUGGGGUGUGCCGAGUGUUGGAGGAGCUAUACUAGAAGAGGUCAGUUGACUUGCUCGACAAGUCGACUUCUGUUUUUCGUUUUGGCCUCCUUGGAGUUUUAAUAGAGCUGCCCAUCUUGUGGCUAAAGAGGUUCUUUCAUUUGUAGUUCGACUAUUGGUUGAUAGCCUCCCGUGAUUGUUUACCCUAAGUAUAGCUGCUGGAUUCUCUCAGAAGCUAUUUACGCGCUUUCAGACCUUCGCUAUAGAAUACAUCUGGGCGAGACCUUAGGCUUUUUAGGUCUUCUACGCGUAGGCAUACCCUUUCUUUCUUCUAGCUAGGGUAGAGAAGGGAGAGGAACGAAUAUACUCGGUAAUGACCUAACGAGAGAGAUGGUAGUGAGGCAAUGAAUAUUGUCUGUCUUUUGAUUUAGUUCCAAGUCUUCGAUGUCCCUCGGAGACUGACAAGAGUCAGAAUGGGUACUAACCUAGUAGUAGAAUUCUAUUGAUGAUAGGCAUUUUGACGACUCACUGAACUUUCUAGAGUUGAGUUCUCUCUUCACUUAAGAAGAUUGAUAUCUCCAUUGCCCUAAUUAAUAUUAGCCAAGACUAAUUCCUUCUAUGCAUGCGAGGUGGGGGUGACUUCAUAAUUCUGGUCUCAUUUUUCCCUUCUCUCGAUUCACGAUCCUUGCAGCUGAAUUAAUCCCCCAUGUGUCGGGACUUGAACCGUGGUGGUGCUCCCUAAUGAGAGGAGCAAGGACUCUUUUUCCAUGGUUUAUGUACUCUAACUAUGUGAUUGAAUGAUUAUUCGUUCGUCUAUGUUAAAAAAAAAAGAACGAAAACUCAUCAACGAAAAACGGGAAGGAAAGGAUCAACAGGAAAUCAAUGGGAAAUUGAAACCAAUGAUAAACAAAAUCUAAAAAUAAGAUUUACUUUAAUUAAAUUUCAACAAGUACUUAAAUUGGAUUCGGUUAGUGGUUCCUUUGAGGCUUUGAAAAUGAUUCUACCACAAUAUGACCAAUUAUUUCCACAAGGUUUCAACUGUGAAAAGAGAAAACAAAUGGUAGCCCACCAAGCUCUCUCCGCCUUCUAAAUUAGGCCACUCUUGUUGCUUAACUAAUAUCCACAUGGAAAUUUUAAAUUGUUUUUCAUAUCUUGUGCUUGAUCUAUUAUUAUUCCUAUUUAACCCUUAUUUUUUGUGGAUAUGGUUGUGGUGCUAUCUUAAACUUUUAUCAUCUUGCAUGCACCCCCAGAAACAUAUCCCCUUUCUCAUGUCAUCUUUCUGGGUACCUCCAGGAUUACUUUGAUAUUCCCAGAUUUUGUUCCUUUUCUUUUAAGCUUUAAUUCAUUCGUUCAUCCAUGAGAUUUAUAAAAUUAAAUUAAAAAUUAAAAAAGUCAUAAAAGAAAAAAUUGAGGAAGAGGUGGAGUUUUUGUAAAAAAGGGAAAUAAAAAGAAAAAAAAUUAUAGGCAAGUUGUGGUGAAAGAGAUAAAAUUAUGGUGAAAUAUGUGUUCAUCCUGUUCUUCUCUUUCGCGACGAUAGUUCCGUGUUUGCUUGCAAAUAUUGCAUAUUAUGAUGACGUGUGGCAAAAGAGGGCGGAGGAGGCUAAGAAGAACACCUUGGAGGCUUACGUUCCGAAUCCACUAGAAACAGAUGAAGAUGCAGACUCUCAAUCUAUGCAUAUUGGCUCCCCUCCACCUACAUCAAUGGGUCCGUCAUCGAGUACGGGUGUUGUAGUGAUCAAAGGUGGCGACAAUAAUAAUAAUAGCAGCACCGACCAAACCGUCCCUGAAAGUGAAGUAGAGAAUAGCGGCGGUGGAGAUAGCAACACUACGAGGAGAGGUUUGAGGCAAGGCAAGACCAUGUACAGAGGGCCAUGCGAGAAGACCAAUCCCAUCGACAAAUGUUGGAGGUGCAGGAGGAACUGGUCAACCGACCGACGUCGUCUGGCCCAAUGUGCACUUGGGUUUGGCCGCAAAACCACCGGAGGGGCAGAUGGGAGGCUCUACGUCGUCACCGAUAACAGUGACGACGACUUCCUGAACCCUAGGCCGGGGACUUUGCGCUAUGCAGUGAUUCAAAGGGAACCAUUGUGGAUCAUAUUCGCGCAUGAUAUGAACAUCAAGCUGAACAAAGAGCUUAUCAUGGCCGGAAACAAGACCAUCGAUGGUCGUGGAGCAAACAUCCACAUCGCUUAUGGCGCAGGCAUUACGAUACAAUUUGUUAGUAAUGUUAUCAUCCAUGGGAUUCACGUCCAUCACGUUGUGCCCACGAGCGGGGGCUUGAUCAGGGAUUCGGUCGAUCAUUUUGGGUUUAGAACUCAAAGUGACGGCGACGGGAUCUCGAUUUUUGGGUCCACUAACGUUUGGAUCGAUCAUGUCUCGAUGUCGAAUUGUACAGAUGGUUUGAUUGAUGCAAUUCAAGGAUCUACCGCCGUCACCCUCUCGAACUGUCAUUUCACCCACCACAAUGAUGCGAUCUUGUUGGGGGCAAGUGAUAGCUUUUCAGGAGAUCAAUUCAUGCAGAUCACAGUUGCAUACAAUCAUUUUGGACAAGGGCUGGUGCAGAGAAUGCCAAGGUGCAGAUGGGGUUUCUUCCAUGUGGUCAACAAUGAUUACACCCAUUGGCGUUUGUAUGCUAUUGGAGGAAGCCAACAUCCCACCAUUAUCAGCCAGGGCAAUCGCUUCAUCGCCCCGCCGGAGAAGGAGCUGAAGCAGGUGACCAAGAGAGACUAUGCAGCAGAAUCUGAAUGGAGGAAUUGGAUAUGGAGAUCAGAGGGUGACUUGUUCAUGAAUGGAGCAUACUUCAUUGAAUCAGGGAAUCCAAGUUUGAAGCCAAGACCAGCUAAGAAGUUCAUGCUCACGCCAAAACCAGCAGUGUUAGCGACGAGGAUGACAAGAUAUGCUGGAGCACUUGAGUGCAGAGCUAGGCAACCGUGUUAGGCAAGUUGAAGCAAUCAAAACAAGAGAAAGAAGCCUUUAAAAGAAGGAUGUGAUGGAUACAUGAUUUGUACAUUAAGAAAAACUAGUUUUUUAAUCCGCCCGUUGGGCGGUGCAAAUUGAUUUAUUUUUCAUUAUAUUAUUUUAUUUUAUUAUGAUUCAUGUAUGUUACACUAUUAUACAUGAAAAUUUCAAUCUCCUUUACCUUAUUUCAUAAGAAGAUAUUGUUAGACCCUUUGUAUCUUCCAUUUAUUAAUGAAACACUAAUUUUAUUAAAUUAUUUUAUGUAAACUAUUUUGUGUCUACUAUUUAUUAUUAUUAUUUUAGAUCCUAUGAAUAUCAUGCAGUAUAAGUUAUCCAUGUAAUUUUGAUAGAGCAAGAAAUCUCAUUAGCAUCCACAUAAUCAAUCUUCUGCUUAUCCAUUUUAGUUUACCUUAGCAAUGUUCUAGCAUAACCAACCAGAAAUAGAACUAUCAACUAUUAUUAAUUUAUUACAAUAAUAUUUUCAGCAAAUUUAACCGCAUAUAAAUAUAAUUGAUAUUUAGUAGAGGGCUAAAUAUCCUAUGCAAAACGAAUAUUUUUUAUACCUAAUAACAACAUAGACGAAUAGUGAAAGUUGCAAACUUCAGUACAACUCAAUUCGUUCCAUCUUAUGAAAUCCUCAAUCAUGAACUGGAUUGAUGCAUCAAUCCACGCUAAGAAAACAAACAAAUGACAUUGCACACUUUAAUAAAUUGAAAGAACAUCGACAUAGACAAUCCAAUGACCACCACUACCACUUUAUUUGUGACCUUUAUAAAACUCCACAUCCCUUCUACUUAUACCCCCUGCUACUUACUACUUACUGACUAUAUCAUCAUUGUAAAGCUAGCUAGUAGCAAGCCACUCAUGAACAUAAUAAAUAUAAAAACAUCCUCUAAUGGAACAUGGUAAGGUGACAAUCCUCACAAUUUGUUUUCCAUUUUAGCAUUUGAUGAAUAAUAUAAAAGAGAAAUGCUAGAAAUCUCGAACUUUUGAGCAAAGAAGAAAAGAUUUUUGUUUGUUUUUACAGGGCUUGACCCACUCAAUUAAUUGUAUUCUUUCUAAUGAUGGGUUUUAUUUUUAGAGAGCUAAUUUAUACAGAAAAAAAAAACGUAUAGAAACAAACUAAAAGGUUGCAUUCAUUGUUAUUAACUUAAAUUUAUGUGUUAUUAAUGAUAAUGACGAUUGAAAGUGUUAACAUAAGGUACGUCAUUUAUAAUUAAAACUUGCCCACCAUGAAAGGAUGAGAGCUAUCCAUGUGUUGAUGUGGUAGUAAUUUAGUUUUGAAUAAUACCUAAAGCGAAGAUGAAAGACAAUGGUAGAUCAAGUAGGGCAAUUUACAACCCUGCCACCAUAAUAUGAAAGUACUUAAGAAAUGGAAAGAAGAGUAGAACCCGACCAGUUAAUCACAAGCAACCAAAUACCGUUGGAGAAGAGAGGUCAGUCAUCAGCUGCGGAUCACGGGAGAAUAGGGAGUUGUCGAUAAUACUUGGCUUGGUUUACUUCGUAUUCGCAAUGAUAAGAACUUUUUUGCCAAUAGGAACAAUAUAUUACAACUACUCAAUUAUUUCUCAUCUAAUUGCUGCCUCUUGUAACUGACGCAAUGAAAAAAAACUCUAUAUGUCUUACCAUUUUCCUUACAUGUUGAUGUAUCUAUGCAUAAAAUAGUAGAGAAGAAAACAGAAAUGCUAGAAAUCUAAAAAUUUUGAGUAAAUAAGAAAAGAGUUUUGUUUGUUUUAUAGGGGUUGACCCAAUUUCUAUCUUUGAUUUUUCCAAUUUUAUUUAGAUCAUCUACACCGGAAAAUCAAUAGUAACAAACCAAAAGAUUGCAUUAAUUGUUAUUAACUUAAUGCACAUUUUAAUGAUAAUAAUGAUGAUUUUAAGUG